AUGAAGGUUUCAGUCAGUAAUUGUGUUGCACCUCUGCACGUUGCUGUUGUGGAUGCUGUGCUAUCAGGAAUUGGCGAGGUUGCGCCUGAUGAGGUAGGUGAGGGCCUUACCUCGUCAGCUGUUGCUGCCACUGAGGCCUCGCGACAAGACGGGGUACGGGGUGGCGGGGAGGGCGAAGCGUCUAACGGGACGUGA